AUGGCUGCAAUGAAUCCCCCAAAGAACCCAGGACAACAAAGAGCAACCUUGGCAACACCGGAUGACCACAAAGACCUCACCCACUGUGACUGGCUUGACCACCCAACUGGAGCCACCACCCGACCACCAGCAAGCACCUCAACAACCGUGAAACAACAGGAGACACCUCAGGAUACCAGGAAGCACCUACCGCAACACCAUGCCUACCAGACCCCCAGAGAAUCACACCGAUACCCAGAUGCCACUGACUGUAUGACGUGUCCACACGAUUCUUGGUCUAAUGAGAAAAAGGUAAUCUGCAUCCAAAAGCAGGUAGAGUACCUGUCCUUUUCAGAAUCCCUGGGAGCAAUCUUGAUGGCUGUGUCCAUUUUCUUUUCCAUUAUUCCUGCAGCCAUAUUGUGGAUAUUUAUUAAGUAUCGGGACACACCAAUAGUGAAAGCAAACAACCGUAACCUCAGCUACUUCCUCCUGGUUGCUCUUAUUCUUUGUUUCCUCUGUUCCUUAAUAUUCAUUGGAAAACCAAAUCACACAAGUUGUUUGUUGCGACAAACUACAUUUGGUGUAAUAUUUUCUGUUUGCAUCUCUUCUAUUCUAGCAAAAACAGUUAUUGUAUUUAUUGCUUUUAGUGUAAGAAGGCCAGGAGGAUUCCAGAAGAAGUGGCUUGGAACCAGGACGCCAUUAUUUAUUGGUCUUUUUUGCACCACUAUACAAGUCAUAAUAUGUUCUGUUUGGCUUGGAUACUCUUCACCUUUUUCAGUAAAAAACAUGAGUUCUUUUAAAGACAAAAUAAUAAUUGAAUGUGACGAAGGAUCAGUUACCAUGUUUUAUACCAUGCUGGGGUAUCUUGGGUUUUUAGCAAGUGUGUGCUUCAUUGUUGCUUUCUUAGUACGUAAAUUACCAGACAGAUACAAUGAGGCAAAAUUCAUUACAUUCAGCAUGUUAAUAUUUAUUAGUGUUUGGCUGGCAUUUAUACCAGCAUACCUCAGUACCAAAGGAAAAUAUCUGUUUGCUGUGGAGAUAUUCGCCAUCUUGUCUUCAGGAUUUGGGCUUUUGAGCUGUAUUUUCUUUCCAAAGUGGUAUGUUAUCAUAUUAAGACCAGAACUGAAUGCUAAAGAGUCUGCAACUCACAGCUAA